GUUGUGUCCUGCUGAUCGUGCCAUCCCUGGACUGCGUGACCGCUCCUCUUCCUCCAGUCUCCGGCCCAACGGGACUGUGCGAUGGCUGAGUGUGCCUGAGAGGCGUCCGGGGUGGGGGAUGAGAGAGGAGGUGCAGGGUACGCAGCCCACUGCCACCAAUGGAUGCCAAGCUGCGUGAGGAUUUGUUCAGGAGGUAUGUGGCAUCGCUGGAGAAACGACUUGAAGAGGGUUCUGGUAGCGGGGGAGAAGGAGGUGGUAAGCAGGGGUCCACGAGCGAAGAGGCGCUCAUCUCCACGGCUACCGCUCUCUUAGGGGCCUACCAGCCCGACCCGGGGAACCGGUUCCGAAUGGUACGGUUCUACGACAUUGUGGAGAACUCACUACGGACCCACAGGGGCUCAAGCCUCAAGUCCCUGGAAACGGCCUUCUCUACCCUGGAGUCGGUCUGUACCAACUUACUGCUUUUUCCCUGGAAGAAAGAGUUUCGCUGUAUCAAGACCUUCACUGGGCCAUAUGUGUAUCAGCUGCAGUCAGCCAUGUGUGAUUCAGACCUGCGCUCUCUGCUGCGCUCCAUGGGCUAUACCAGGGACCAGGAGCUGCAGUACCACGUCAGAGACCAUCCUGGCGGAGCUCCACACCUCCGACAGCUGGCCUUUGAGCUGCUCUUGGCCCAGGCCGAGUGCCGUCUGCUGGGGGAGGUGGUGGCUCUGUCUCGGGGGGUGGCGUCCGAGCUGGACGCAGUGGAGAUCAGGAGGAACAGCCGGGAAGACGCCGCGGGUUGCGCCGAUGUGCUCCGCCGACAGGAGGUGGUAACGGGGGACAUGUCCCGCCUGUCGGUGCGUCCCAUGGACAUAGAACGAGCCCCCCUGAGGAGGAGCGGACGACCGUCCAAGUCAGUGGACGUGACAGACAGCGCGGGCCACUGGCAUCCCGCCAGCAAGCCGGUUCUGAGGGCCUCCCUCAGCCUCCGCAAGGAGCCGCUGUUCGUGGACACUGAGGAGGACAUGAAGGACGAGAUCAUCAGGCCAAACACCUCGCUGUUCUCCGUCGCCGCCCCGCCCUCCUACAGCCCCGUGGCCGAGUUCUUCCCCAUCCAGUCGCCCCCAUCCGAGCCCUAUUCCUAUCACUUGUCCUCGCUGGACGAAAUCGACCUAUACACGGAGAGGGGACUGGGCGGGCGUCAGACGCCCUCCAGGCCGCCAAGCAGAGAGCCGCGGGAAGCCCGGGACGGCUGGACUGUUAAGAGUCAUGGAAUGAAGUGUCAGGGGUGCGGUCAAGGGUGCCCAAACCUCUCCUCGUGUCAGAGCUGUGAUAUGAUCCUGUGCCCUUCCUGUCACACCAGCGACCCGGCCCCCUGUUGCGGCUAUCAGGACUACCCCAAAACCUCGCGCCCCUCGGACGGAUACGUUCCCAUGAAAGAGAAGCUGUCCGUCUACUCCAACACCCACUCCCACGUGCACCCCCAUCCGCCCCCUCACUCUCACCCUCAGCUGGCAGACAAACCCAUGUUGAGCACCAAGCUGUUUCCUAGCAAGCCCGUCGCCAUGGUUCCCACCUCCAGCGCCGCCCCCAUCAGCAGCGAGAGGAUGAGCGUGGGCGGCUCGCGCUGCGGGUUCUGUAACAAGCCGGGCGCCACGCACACCUGCGUUAACUGUUCCAAGGUUUCCUGCGACCAGUGCAUGAACCUGUAUGCCAGUGACAUGUGCACCCGCAAAAACCCCAACCACAACUUCAUGCCAAACCACCAGCUCAACUUCAAGUCCAGUACCAUAUCACACCUGGUCUAUCGAUAGGCAAGCACAUGCCCCGGGCGUGCGCUGUCUGUCUCUCCUCCCUCUGCUUUCUCUCUAUCUCGUCUCUCUCUCUCUCUCUCUCUCUCUCUCUCUCUGUCUUUCACUUUCAAGGUUUUGACAGCUCUGGAAUGCAUACAGCAUCAGUGAAGCAGCAAAUCUCCUCCAAUCUAGUUCACUGCAGCUUUUUUUUUUCCUCUCUCUCUCUUUUUCCUUCCUUCUUUCUUCCUCUUAUCGCUCUCCAUUUACGCUUGCUCGGUCAUGUGAUCUUGUAGUUCUUCCUUCCCCUCUGAGUCUAACUUUACUUCUGGUGAAAUUAAAGAAGAAAACAAACAAACAAACAAACAAACAAAAACACGAAAGAACAAAACGGAAAAGCCGCUCGGCUUGAACUUGGUUGCCCCAAACUUGAUGUUCGUCUUCUGAAAACUCUGGCUUCACCUUUGUAGGAUCAUCCCCAUCUAGGACACUUCAGCAAAAACUUUCCUG